AUGACCAUGGAAUCAUCCAAUUGUCGCAACACCUAUCCCGAUAGCAAAUGCGAGUCGUGGGCAAGAACAGAUCAGUGUAGAGUCAAUCCAAGUUUUAUGCUUGAACACUGCAAGAAAUCGUGCAAAGUGUGUACGGGUGGUGGCGGCGAUGGGUCAAACAACGGCGGCAAUACCGACCAAGGCAAAACCGACAAGGGUGACUGUGCCGAGAACAAGCACCCAAACGACCAAGAAUGCGAAUACUGGGCUCGAAGAGGAGAAUGCGAGGCAAACCCGAGUUGGAUGUUGCAAAACUGCCGUAAAGCCUGCAAACCAGAGGACUGUGGUAGUGACAAGGCGUGCGUGAACGAUUAUGGCGACGACGCUCAGUGUUCUCGCUGGGCAAAUCGUGGAGAAUGCGACAACAAUCCUAACUGGAUGUUGGAAAACUGCCACAAGGCCUGCAACCCCAAAUGCGUCCAGAAGGACACGGACGCCUGCAGCAAAGAUGGCUGCCGUAAAGGAACAUGUAAAAACACCUACGGAAGUGACAAGGAUUGUAAAUGGUGGGCCAUGGACAACCAGUGCGAGACCAACCCAGGCUGGAUGUUGGUGAACUGCGCCAAGGCGUGCAAGUGUGAGGAAGAAGACAACGAGACACCGCAGCCAGGAGGAAAGUGCAGCGACCCGGACGGGUUUUGUUUGCAGCUCGGGAGACGUGGAAAGUGCACAUGUGGUUAUCCUUACCUCCAAAACAACAACCUUCAAGUACAGCCGUCCACCAACAACAGCCGGCCCCAGCCUAUCAUCUGGGGACGGGAGGCCAGACCCAACACGUGGCCCUGGCAGGCGUCCCUUCAGCUUAAAGAGGGGUACAGUGGAUACGGGGAAGAGAUUCGGUGGAAGCACCAGUGUGGCGGUACGCUGAUAACCCCGAAGUGGAUCUUGACGGCGGCGCAUUGUGUGUAUCAACCCGGCUUUGAUAACCCAGUCAACUGGCGAGUGGUCCUUGGGGAACAUCGCAUCAGUCAGGACUCGGGCAAAGAAGAGAUACGUCGAGUAAUACGCAUUAUUAAGCAUCCGCAGUUCUAUUAUUACGGCGGUGCACGCAAUGACAUCGCUCUGUUAGAACUGGACUCGGAUGUGCCGCUUGGUACCUACAUCCAAACCGCAUGUCUGGCGUCCAAAAACCAGUGUUUCCACAGGAAUCCUAAUUGUUUCAUCACAGGAUGGGGAGCUACAUUAGGUACCGGAGACCCCGAUGUUUUGAACGAAGUGCGUAUGGAAGUCCGCACCAAAGCGGAAUGUGUGAGAGAAUGGAGCGCCAACAGGAUCUUUGACACACAUAUCUGUAUUGGAUAUGGCUACCAGAGUGCAUGUCAUGGCGAUUCCGGAGGACCAUUGGUUUGCAAAGUUGGUUCUCGUUAUACUCUCGCUGGAGUGACGUCAUGGGGGCCACAGGGUUGCCAAGGACAGCCUAGUGUGUACACGCGAGUCUCAUCCUACAUUGACUGGAUUACAGAUGUGAUACGUCAGCUGACCUAUUAGAAAUUAUAAUACCUGUGAACUAAACACCAAACGCAGUACAUAAUUGGACUUAACAUAUGCUAUACAAGAGAGGGACAUUCCUGAAAAUUAAGUUUGUGCCAAAGUUCCGUUAUGAAAGAUAUACCUGGUCAGCCUCUCAUAAAUGUUAGGUUUCAAGCACUAAGAAAAAUAUUAAGAAGCAAAUAUGAACCCAUGUGAAUACACGUUCAAAGCUUUUAUGUGCCAAAGUUAUUUUUUAAAAUAACAACGAUAUAAUUUUAUUCAUGAUAACAAGAAGAAAGUUUAAGUUGAAAAUAUUUUUACGAUAAUGAUUUAUCGUUAAGGUAUGUUUUGUAAGAAAUAAACAAUUGUGAAAAAUCAUAAUACAUAA